ACAGGAACCCAAUCAAAUUAUACGUCAAAGAACGCUGGAAAAGAUUAAUUUAUAGCCUUUUUUCUUUUUUAGAAAAUAAAUGUACUGCUUCAAAUUGUUGGCGUUUUUUGAAUUGCAGGACGUUUUUCAAAAUGGUAAAUAAAGGCUGAGGAUAAUGAACAGCGAUGCGUUCCUCGAGUUUGAGGAUUUACUGCAGCGGCAUAAUUACAAAUUCAGUAAUUUUCAAUUCGCGUUCAAGUCAUACGACCCCUGGAGUGCCCUAAUAGAGGCUGAAAAGGCAGAAAGAACUCGACAUGCGAGCGCAUUUCGGGGUAACAAUAGAAAUAAAAAGGAUGUCCAAAAUAGCCCAAAAACUGAAUCGAUGUUUUCAAACCCACCGAGUGGAGAUGAUGUCAAAAAGAAGGUAUUAAAUUCGCCUGCAGUGGAUCAUGCGAUCCGGAGUCUGAAGCUGGAAUCGAACGAAGAGUCUGAGGAACAGUUGAGAAAAAGAGCCAGAGAUAUUGUAGACAUGAUGGCACAUAACCAGACAUACUCGUGGGCCAGAACGAUUGCUGGCUCGCUUUACUUCAUUAUGAAGAGAACUUUCAAUAAUAUAUUUGUGAAUGCGGGUGCUUUCGAGCAGAUCAAAGAACUGUUCAACAAGGGACCGGUGGUGUUUCUGCCCUCCCAUCGGAGCUACAUGGACUUCCUCUUAGUCUCUGUCAUCCUGUUCGCUUAUGAUCUACCCAUCCCAGUCAUUGCUGCGGCCAUUGACUUUCUAGGCAUGAAAUUCGUGGGAGAAUUACUCAGACGUUGUGGUGCUUUUUUCAUUCGAAGAAGUUUCAAAACCGACAAGCUGUAUUGGACAAUCUUCUACGAGUAUGUGCAAACACAUCUGCACGCAGCCAAGUUCCCGAUUGAAUUCUUUAUUGAAGGCACUCGAAGCAGAACAGGCAAUUUCCUCUAUCCGAAGUCGGGAAUGCUGAACGUCGUCUGCCAGGACUUCUUCAAAGGCCGAGUGACUGACGUGUUCUUCGUCCCCGUCAGCAUCAGCUACGAACGACUGUUCGAAGAGUCGCUCUAUGCGUUCGAAUUGGCCACUGGACUUCCUAAGCCAAAAGAGUCUACAUCCGGAAUGCUGAAAGCGAGAAAGGUUCUGGACGAAAACUUUGGAAAUAUUUACAUCAACUUCGGUCAGCCCUUCUCACUGCGAGAGGCAGCGUACAAUCGAGUGGACAGAUCGCGGUUUGCGUGUACACCACUGUUUGAUCAGUUCGUUUCAGAGGAGAGCGAACUCUUUGUACAGGAACUGUCAUUGUACGCUAUUGCUCGAAUACAAGAGAAUAUCUACAUACAGCCUUGGCAUCUGAUCGCAUCGGUACUCUUCAACUACGCAUUCUGCAAUCACAACAGAGCCUUGCCAGCCAUGUUGCUUGUGGAAAAGGUCAACCAACUAUCGAAUCUUCUGAAAAAUGUCAACUGCAAACAGAUCAUGACCUCGCACUCUUUAACUGACGUCAUCAGUGUUUUGGAGUGUCACCAUAAAACAGUUCAUUUUUGCACUUUCUCUAAGAUGUUUCUGUUAGCUCCUGAAGAGUUGUAUUUCACUAAAGAAGGAAAAACCGUUCCCAUUAUUCCAGUACAACUUCUGAUGUAUCAGAAUAUGUUUGUAAACCACUUAGCGCCAUUGUUUAUUGCUGUCAACAUUGUUGAGUGCCAAGGAAGUUUCAUUUCGAAACAAGAAUUCGACCAUAAAUGGAAAUUGGCUCUUUCGAUAUUCACUCAGGAAUUCGUUGCAAUUGAAAAUGAUCCAAUUCAAGUUCUCGAAGUUCUGGAAUCGCAGAAAGUUACAUUCUACGAUACGAGAUCUGAAAUAAUUUCGCUAAAUUUGGAGAGUUAUAAGUUGAAAAAUCUUUUGAACGACGUUGCUCGGCCUUAUUUCACUAUACUUUAUCUUACUGUUGCAAACUUGUAUUCUUACAGUCUUGUUUCUCAGAGUAUUGGAGAGUAUAAAUUUGACAGCCUAGCGUCACUUAACUCAUCAGUUCGGUCUAAAAUCACACAGUGUUAUGACUCAGGCAAAUUAUCUGGAGUAGCCGCUGUUACAACUGCUGCGGUAAAUAAUGUAUUUAACCUUUGCAAAUCUAGAAAUAUAAUUGUUACCAAGAAAAAACAAGGAACGACAAUCAUCCAGGUCGACCAAUCAAAAUGCUCGAACUUGUUGAAUGAAAUUCAACAGAUUUUCCCCUGCGACCAGUUUAUGUUCGCGAUGAGUUCUAUCAAAUCUAAAUUGUAAAACUUUGUAAUAGUGAAUUUUAUUGAAAGUUUGUAGAUUGAAAUAAUUUUGUAUUGUUUGGAACAAAUCGUAUAGUCUAGUUGUUUUUUGUUCUAUGAAAAUUAGCGUUUUAAAAAAGAUUUUCCAUCAUAAUGAAAUCAUGCGAAGAUUCUUUGAAUGCACAAAAAUAGAAGUUGUUAGCUGUACCGACCGAGUGGCAUGACGUUUCAGAUAGUUCAGGCCAUGUCUGAUAAAUUGCUUAAACCAAAUCUCAUAUGGUCAUUUUGUUCACGAUGUCAUCUUCAUCGGCUCCCCCCAAUAAACCCUAAAGAUUUUGAGCUACCGAAGUUCAAAGACCCUCGAGAAUCCGGACUUAAACAUGGACUCACCUUAGACGACAUUCAACCACCGCCUACCUAUGAUCAUAUUGUGCUACCAAAAGACAGGAAGCUGGCAUACGUCCCAUCGCAGCCUAUUUUGGCCAAAGAAGAGAAAACCGGGAAGAGACUGCAUGAAAUAAUAGGAAUUGAAACCGACUUGAAGAAGAACACUGUUUUGAGCAAACAAUUUGGAAUCGUCGCUUUGAGCGGAGGUAAUUUUCUACACGAGAAUUUCGAGCACGUACGAAAUUCUGUGAACUCUCAGAUCGAAGACAACAUGUACGCUCA